AUGACGUCAGACUUCUGCUGUUUUCAAGCUUUACCCUUACCCUCACGUCGAUUCGCCUCCAGCAAAAUGGCCAGUAAAUCCCAAUACGAACUUGAAAGAGAGGCCAACAUCGCCAAAAACCGCGCGCUGUUUGAGAACCUCGGCCUCAAGCAAGCCGUGCAAUCGCUGGGUGUGUCAAAAUCUGCGAAGUCCUCAGCAAAGCCAGUGCAGCCAAAACGUGUUAAGCGUGAAAGGGUAGAGGAGGUGCUGCCAAGGCGUCAGUCGAGGCGACUGCUCUCCAAGCUGAACAGCGACGUAGAGGAGACAUCGGAAGAGCGAAAGCUGCGUGAGGAGGAGGAAGCGAAGGAAGAAGAACGGCGAGCAGAGGCUCAGGAGAAGGCAAGAAUGGCGAAGCGCCCGCGCCACGACACGCUCAACUUCAAGACUCUCGCCGAGACAGACCAGCCCCAGGAACUGUCCAGUUUGUCAAUCACGAUGGAGACCAUUCCUCAGACCGCGCAUCGACGCGUCGGGGACCCUGAGGCUUUCGUGUUCAAGGACGACAAGAAGGAUGAGAGGGCGGUGCAGGAGAUCAGGGAGAAGGUGCAGAACUUGAAGGUAGUGUCGCGUGCGAAGGUCGUUACAGAGCGAAUCUAUUGCGUCGUGUAUCAUCCGGAGGUUAGCAAGGAUAUCAUAUUCUUCGGUGACAAACACGGGACACUAGGCAUAUGGGAUGCCAGGGCGCCUCCUGACGAAGAAGACGACGAUGGAGACAUCGCACCUGAGAACAGAGAGGGCGGGAAAUACUGGCGCCUACAACUUCACUGGCCAGCAACUUCCAAGUCAUCUAUCUCGAGCAUCAAGUUGGAUCCCAUCGACACGCACAACCUCUACACGAGCUCGUACGACUGCACAAUACGCAGCCUCUCCUUCGUCUCCGGGACCUCCAAGGAGAUCUACGCGACGGACGGUGUCCUCAUCUCGUGCAUUGACCUUCCGCCAAAUGGGCACGAGAUGUGGGUCUCAGAUGUUGCUGGUGGCGCUACACAUCUCGACCUGCGCGAGGAUAAAUCCAAGGCGAGACGAUACGAGCUGUCGGACCAGAAAAUCGGAUGCAUCAGCGUGAACCCUUCGCGGCCGAAUUUCCUGCUGACGGCAAGUAAUAGUCGUUUCCUGAAGGUCUGGGACGCAAGAAAGCUGAACGGGAUGCCAGUCAACUUGCUCGACCAAGCUGCUCAAGAAUCCUCGGCCGACGAUUCCACUCGUAGCACGCUUGAAUUUGAUGCAGAAAUAGUCAACAAGUAUCUCGACUCUAAGGACGGUAAAGGUGGUUUCCGGGGCGAAUGGAAGCACGAUAAAUCUGCGAGUUCGGCCUACUGGGAUCCAAGAGGUCGUCAAAUCAUAAGUACGAGCUACGAUGACACUUUGCGACUUUGGGACAUCGACUCGAAGUUAUUUGGGACCAAGACCGCCUUCCCGCAACUGAAGCCUUUCUCCCAUGUUAACCAUAACUGCCAGACAGGACGAUGGGUCACAAUUCUGCGGGCGCAAUGGAGCCCAAAUCCUGACGUCUAUCCGCAUUUCACAGUUGGCAAUAUGCGCCACUCUCUUGACAUUUACUCUGGCAAGGGUGACCUAAUCACUCAACUAUCCGAUCCAACAAUGGUUAGCGCAGUGCAAGCAGUGACCUGCUCACACCCAAACAUUGUGGAACGAGCAGCGAGUGGCAACGCCUCCGGCAGAUGUGUUCUCUGGGCACCAGAAUCACCCUAG